AGGGUUUCGCUGUGUACUAGUCUUUUGGUCUCUCCGUUUUCUUCUUCUCCACCACCUCUCUAACGCUUUAGCACAUUGUCUCUCUUCACUCUUCCUCCCUAGUAAGAGAGAGAGAGAGAAACAGUGAGCCUUCAAAGCUUACUCUUUGUUUGGAUUCUUCAUUUUUAGGGAUUCUUCUGCGAUUUUCUUACAGUUCUCUGUGUUUUUUCUGGGCUAAUCUGGGAUCAAUCUGAGUAGAAAUAGAUUAGAAAUGUUCGUCGUUUGUCAAAAUGUCAGAUUCUUUAUUUUUCUUCUUCGAAAAAAUCUAGCUUCAAAAGCACAACUGUCUUGAGAUCGAGUUUUUCUCCGACGAAAGUUUUUUUUUUUUUUUUUUAAUUUUCUGUGAGUUUUUUUCGUUCUCUUCUCAUCUUCUUCAACACCCCAAUAGCUGAAGAUUUCAGGUCAGCGAAGUAAAAAAAAAAAAAAAAAGGACCUAUAUUUAUAUAGAUAUAUAUUCGAAGUUUUGUUUGUGUCUGUAUUGUAGGCGAACCAUUUUGGAUAUUUUUGUACCUUAAACAACAAGCUACUACCUUUGUGUUUCCACGAAAGCAAGAAUCUUCUGAGGGGGGUCUCAAAGCCAAACAAGCUCGUCGGUUUACGUUAUUACCUCUUUUUUUUUUUUCGCUCUUUAUCUCUUUCUUCUCAAGCGACGGACUUACAAGGACAAAGAAUCUUUUUAAACUUCCAGCUAAGCCCCAAAAACAAAACCAGAAAAAAAAUCCUCAAAAAAAAAAGAAAAAGAAAAAGAAAACCCACUAAAGCUCUCUUCUUUCUCUUCCUCUCUCUCUCUCUCUCUCUCUAGUUCUUUUAAGAGUGCUUUCGCGAGAUCAACACGAGAAAACAGCAAACAAUGGCGAUGGUGGUUGCUCAGCAGCACCGAGAGAGCAGCAGCGGAAGCAGCAUAAACAAAAACCACCAGCAACAACUGGACAGUGGAAAGUACGUUCGAUACACGGCCGAGCAAGUGGAAGCGCUCGAGCGAGUCUACGCCGAGUGUCCCAAACCCAGCUCUAUGCGCCGCCAACAGCUGAUCCGAGAGUGCCCCAUUCUCUCCAACAUCGAGCCCAAGCAGAUCAAAGUCUGGUUUCAGAACCGCAGGUGUAGAGAAAAGCAGAGAAAAGAGUCGUCGAGGCUGCAGACUGUGAACAGGAAGUUGUCAGCGAUGAACAAGUUGUUGAUGGAGGAGAAUGAUCGGUUGCAGAAGCAGGUUUCUCAGCUUGUCUGUGAAAAUGGAUAUGAGAAGUGGUAGAAUGCGUUUGGAAGUGAAAGUUUUGAAGGGG